UAUUAUCAUCAUUUGGUUUUUGUAGCCUUAUUGGUAUGAGUUCUUACCCUAACACUUCUUUGAGCCCUCAACAAGAAGAUGAGAUUCAAUUCUCUGAUGACAAAAACUUUGCCCUACAUGGAAAAAUCUUGCUUCUGGUUUUUCUCUCUGUCUUCUUUCUUCUCUUCAUCUUCGUCCUCAUGAUACCCUGGCUCAGGAAACGAAGGGGUUCCCAUGAUUCUGGAACAGAAGAAGAUUCAAAUAUUGAGAGCCAGAACAACAACCCUUCUACUCCUUCACACAACUGCUUCAGAAGAAGAAGAAAAGAAGAUGUUACACUAUUCACUCAAGAAACUUAAUUGCUUCGAUUCCUUCAGAAUAUACACUGUGUAGUUUUGGAUAUAUAUUCAACACUUGUUGUUCGGGUUAUGUUGGUAAUUACCAGUGUUGUCAGUGACAUAACAACCUAUGAUAUACACACAUGGAGCAAAACAUAUAAGGAUCUUUUUGCUGUAUUUACUUUUUA